UAUUUCACUCCAUUACAGUGUUUGCUCUACACUGGUAUUAGUCUAUUUGUAUAUUCAUUAGUUGAACAUGUAGUAGACUGUUUGUGUACUCUUGCUGUUUUAGUGCGCUAUGUGGGGCUUUCCUUUUCUCCUUCUUGCCUUUCCUUCCUAAGCUUUUUGCCUGCCUAUACCUAUUUUCCUUUGUAGUGGGAAAUACCCAACUCAACGUUUUGGCCUUUAAUUAUUUAAAUUAUUAGCUUAAACCGAAUGAGGAGGCCAUCAUUGUUGUUGGGUAUCUCUAUUUUGCAUCAGUCAUGGCCUUCUCUUCUUGCUUGUGCCUUUCUCAAAUCCCAACUAAGAUUGACUACCCAAGGCAGAUUAUAAGAUGGCGGCCCGCUGUGGAGAAGGGUGGUUCAAAAUUCUUCUUUUCUCUCAAAAGUGAUAGCACUGAACUUUUUGGCCAAAGAAUUGCAAGAGUGGAAGCUGACUUACUUAAUAGCUGGAGUUUUCUUGGAGGUUCAAGAAUUACCAUUCAACCAAAACUUGCACGAUCCAUUGUUUACCAAAAACGCUCAGGAGUAUAUGCAUCAUGUAAUCCCUUUUGUCUAUGGUACUCAUUACCAAUAUUUCAUGGAAAUUUACCAGCAAUUUUCAAUUAUCCUUUAUUUUCUUCUGUGGGGGUUUAUAUGCAAAAAAUUCCAAAAAUUUGCACUAUUUACAUCACAAACGUAGUUGGUGCUUCUUUUCUUGGGAAAUGGAGAUUCUUGAUUUGUUUUGUUAGUUUUCUCCUUGCAUUUCUGUUCUAUAAUAGAAAAGGAAAGUGGGCUUCAAGAUCAUUUCUUUUCUAUCGAAUAUCGCUUAUAGUGCAGACUAGAAAUUCGAUGGAAAGUAGCAUACCUUAUGUUGUGCUUGCACUUCUAUAUGCAUAUCUACUGUGCCUCUCUUGGACGCCGGACACGCUACGACUGAUGUUUGCAAGUAAAUACUGGUUGCCAGAGUUGCCUGGUAUGGCUAAGAUGUUCUCAAGUGAGAUGACAUUAGCUUCCGCAUGGAUUCACUUGUUAGCUGUUGACCUCUAUGCUGCUAGGCAAGUGUUUCAUGAUGGACUGGAAAAUGAAAUUGAGACUCGACAUUCUGUUUCUCUUUGUCUGCUAUUUUGCCCCAUCGGAAUUCUUACUCAUGUAAUGACCAAAGCACUAACCAAAACUGCAAGAAGUACCAAACAUGGCACCUGAUUGAUUAUUCUUUUGUACACUAUUAAGUGAACCGGUUCAAUUCAAUUUCAAAAUUAAGAUCUCUAAUUUGAAAAAUUAGUAGCAUUUGCGUUCUUUA